AAGUCAUUCGAGUGACCCAUCCUGAUGCAUUUUCUGAACAGCGAAAGGUGUCUCGAGCAAAAUGUUACCACCGGGAAGCGGGCAGUAUGAUGUCGGGUGCAUGGAUGUAAUGACCGGCUUGGAUGUGACUGAGUGGAGUUUCUUCCGCUUAUUUUAUCCAUCCUCAAUAAAAGGAACAUCAGCUGAUGAGACGAAAGGAGUACCAUGGUUUCCACGGAAACAAUACAGGGAUGCAAUUGUGAAGCAGUUGAAACAGGGGUAUCCUGAAGUGAAUGAGAAAGACAAACAGGUGUUACUAUCCAAUAUGGAUUCCGCUACUGUUCCUGUACAUUGGAAUGGUCCGCUGUUGUCCAAUGGGAAUCUCUUCCCAAGCGUUAUAUAUUCUCAUGGACUUAGUUCAAGUCGGUUUCAGUACAACACCCUAUGUAUGGACCUCGCUUCGCAUGGAUACAUUGUUGCAAUUGUAGAACACAGAGAUAAUUCUGCAUGUACAACCUACUGCUUGAGGCCAUCUGAUGAAGAUAAGAUGACUCUUAAAGAAGAGUUUGUCACAUUUAUAUUGUCAUUGCCAAGCAGAGAAGAGUAUGCACUCAGAAAUAGUCAGGUAAAACAGAGAGCUAAGGAGUGCACCAGAACACUGGAUCUAUUACACAAAAUGAAUAAAGGACAGUUGAUCCAAAACCAAAUGGACAUUCAUUGCAACUUCUCUCAAUUUAAGGGAAGACUAGACACAGACAAUGUCUCUGUCAUUGGUCACUCAUUCGGAGGCACUACAGCAAUACAGUCUCUCUAUCAAGACAAAAGAUUCAGGUGUUGUAUUGCGUUGGAUUCUUGGAUGUUUCCAUUGGAUAUCAGGACCAUAUCACAUGACAUUCAUCAACCAAUCCUAUUCAUUAAUGACGAAAGAUUUCAAUGGACAGGAAAUAUUGUUCGAAUGAACAGAAUUCUAUCGGAUAAAACUGGUGGAGAAAGAAGACUGAUUACCAUCAUGGGUACAGAUCAUGACAAUCAAACAGACUUUCCAUUCUUAUUGGAUUACUGGAGAAAACAGAACAGAUUGGACCCUCAUGUAGCCAUGGCAACACAGAAUAAUGCUAUAAUUGCUUUCAUAUCAAAGCACACAGGAAUGGUGUAUAAUAAAUCACUGGACCGCAUCUUUGAAGGAGAUUAUCCAAAUGUUAUUAAAGGAACAAAUGUAAAGCUACAUAAGAAUCCAAAUUCUAAACUAUGA